UAUAAAUAAAACUUGUAGAAUGAAUUUCAGAGACAGCCACUAUUCCAUUUGCUUCCAGAUUCUUGUAGUUGGGAUAAUAGAUCAAAGAGAGCUCAAGAUGGGUCAAAGAAUAUAGGUGAUUUUAGUUUGUGUACAUGUAAGAAUACAAUAUUCAUGAGUAAAUUUGAUUCUUUCUUAGGAACAUACAUUGAUAGGGUCAGCAGAUUCCCAAGAUAUCCAGCUGUGUGGAAUGGGAAUUCUUCCUGAACACUGUAUUAUAGACAUCACAUCAGAAGGCCAGGUUAUGCUGACUCCUCAGAAGAACACCAGAACAUUUGUGAAUGGGUCUUCUGUCUCUAGUCCAAUACAGCUGCACCAUGGGGACAGGAUAUUAUGGGGAAACAACCAUUUCUUCAGACUCAGUUUGCCUAAAAAGAGAAAGAAAGUAGAACGAGAGGAUGAGGAUCAAGGUGCCUCUCCGAAGAAUGGUAACAGUUCUGAGCAGCUGGAUGCAGACGGGGACUCCUCCAGUGAGGUGUCCAGUGAGAUUAACUUCAAUUUUGAGUAUGCACAGAUGGAGGUGACCAUGAAGGCCCUGGGCAAUAAUGAUCCAAUGCAGUCAAUAUUGAAUAGCCUAGAACAACAGCAUGAAGAAGAAAAGAGAUCUGCCCUGGAGCGCCAGCGGUUGAUGUAUGAGCAUGAGCUAGAGCAACUCCGGAGAAGGCUGUCCCCUGAGAAACAGAACUGUCGCAGCAUGGACAGGUUCUCAUUCCACUCGCCCAGUGCCCAGCAACGCUUGAGACAGUGGACCGAGGAGAGAGAAGCAACAUUGAAUAACAGUCUGAUGAGGCUAAGGGAACAAAUCGUUAAAGCCAAUCUGUUGGUGAGAGAAGCUAGUUACAUCGCAGAGGAGCUGGAUAAAAGAACGGAAUAUAAAGUCACCCUCCAGAUCCCAGCCUCCAGCUUGGAUGCCAACAGGAAGCGAGGCUCUCUUCUCAGUGAACCUGCAAUCCAGGUGAGAAGAAAAGGAAAAGGAAAGCAGAUUUGGUCUUUGGAAAAACUGGAAAACCGGCUGUUGGACAUGAGAGACCUUUAUCAAGAGUGGAAAGAGUGUGAAGAAGACACCCCGGUAAUCCGGUCUUACUUCAAGCGUGCUGACCCCUUCUAUGAUGAGCAGGAAAAUCACAGUCUCAUUGGAGUGGCCAAUGUUUUCCUCGAGUCCCUUUUCUAUGAUGUGAAGUUGCAAUAUGCUGUCCCAAUUGUCAAUCAGAAAGGAGAGGUGGCAGGUCGGUUGCAUGUGGAGGUAAUGCGGCUCAGUGGUGCCAUCGGGGAGAGGAUUGUGGGAGGUGAGGAGGCCGCAGAGGUCAGCUUUGAGAAGGAGGCCCAGGAGAACAGGCUGGUCUGUAUGGUUAAAAUACUCCAAGCCACAGGGUUGCCACAGCAUCUGUGCCACUUUGUAUUCUGCAAAUACGACUUCUGGGAUCAGCAGGAGCCGGUGAUUGUUGCCCCUGAAGUGGACACCUCCUCCUCUCCCAUCAGCAAGGAGCCUCAGUGCAUGGUUGUCUUUGAUCAUUGCAGUGAGUUCUCUGUUAAUAUCACUGAAGACUUUAUUGAGCAUCUUUCGGAGGGGGCACUGGCGAUUGAAGUGUAUGGCCAUAAAAUGAAUGACCCUCGGAAGAACCCAGCCCUGUGGGAUUUGGGAAUCAUCCAAGCAAAAACUCGGAGUCUUCGGGACAGGUGGAGUGAAGUCACCAGGAAACUGGAAUUCUGGGUUCAGAUCUUGGAACAGAAUGAGAAUGGGGAAUACUGCCCUGUGGAAGUGACUUCUGCAAAGGAUGUCCCAACAGGGGGAGUCUUCCAACUCCGGCAGGGGCAGUCCCGGCGAGUUCAAGUUGAAGUGAAGUCUGUUCAGGAGUCUGGGACUUUACCUCUGAUGGAAGAAUGCAUAUUAUCCAUUGGCAUUGGGUGUGUGAAAGUUAGGCCACUCAGAUCCCCUAAGACUCAAGAGACAUUCCACGAGGAAGAGGAGGACAUGGACAGCUACCAGGAUCGGGAUUUAGAGAGACUACGUAGAAAAUGGCUUAAUGCAUUAACAAAACGUCAGGAAUACUUGGAUCAGCAACUGCAAAAGCUUGUCAGUAAACCUGAUAAAACCGAGGAUGAUGCUGACCGAGAGGCUCAGCUUCUAGAGAUGCGGUUGACAUUAACUGAGGAAAGAAAUGCAGUGAUGGUCCCCUCUGCUGGCAGUGGCAUUCCAGGGGCACCAGCAGAAUGGACCCCAGUGCCUGGGAUGGAAACCCACAUUCCUGUUAUCUUCCUUGAUCUAAAUGCCGAUGACUUCAGCUCUCAGGAUAAUCUCGAUGACCCAGAAGCUGGUGGAUGGGAUGCUACCCUGACUGGGGAGGAGGAGGAGGAGUUCUUUGAGCUGCAAAUUGUGAAGCACCAUGAUGGAGAGGUGAAAGCAGAGGCCUCCUGGGACUCGGCGGUGCACAACUGCUUCCAGCUCAGUAAAGGCACACCUGCUGAUGAGCGCAUGUUCCUGAUCGUACGUGUGACCAUCCAGCUCAGCCAUCCUGCUGACAUGCAGCUGGUACUACGUAAAAGGAUUUGCGUUCAUGUUCAUGGCCGCCAGGGUUUUGCUCAAAGUCUCCUAAAAAAGAUGUCUCAUCGAAGCUCUAUUCCUGGCUGUGGAGUGACCUUUGAAAUCGUCUCCAAUAUUCCAGAGGAUGCCCAGGGAGUAGAGGAACGAGAAGCAUUAGCCAGGAUGGCAGCUAAUGUUGAAAACCCAGCUUCUGCUGACUCAGAGGCAUACAUUGAAAAGUACCUCCGGAGUGUGCUGGCUGUGGAAAACCUCCUGACCUUAGAUCGCCUUCGCCAGGAAGUGGCAGUGAAGGAGCAGCUGACGGGGAAGGGGAAGCUGAGCAGAAGGAGCAUCAGCUCUCCGAGCGUGAACAGAUUGUCUGGAAGCCGACAAGAUCUCAUCCCAUCGUACAGUCUAGGCAGCAACAAGGGCCGGUGGGAAAGUCAACAGGAUGUAUCCCAAACAACAGUUUCCAGAGGACUAGCUCCAGCACCCCCAGCUCUCUCAGAUUCACCCCAAAAUAAUCAUUCUCCAGAUCCAGGACUUGGUGGCCUAGCAGCCUCCUAUUUGAAUCCAGUGAAGUCCCUGGUGCCACAGAUGCCAAGGCUGCUAAAGUCUCUCUUUCCUGUCCGCGAUGACAGAAGGGGCAAACUGCCCUCUCCACUAGCACCUCAGCCGCUGCCCCGGAUCCUGGUGCAGUCUGCCCCGGCGACCAGGACAGAGUCGGCCCAGCGAGGAAGCCCGCGACUCGGCUUGGCCCCGGAGGCCCUGGUGCAGACUGCUGCCUCCUCUGCGAUCUGUGACAAGGCCGCCAAGGCGCCUUCCCCGCGGUCCGCCGCGGCCGUCACCCAGGCCCCGGAGGGCCAGGACGGGCCCCCCAGCCCCCUGAGCGAGGCCUCCAGCGGCUACUUCUCCCACAGCGUCUCCACCGCCACCCUGUCGGACGCGCUCGGCCUCGGCCUAGACGCAGCCCUAAGCCAGUCGCCUGCCUCGCCGCCGCCUGCUCUGGGCCCCGCCGCCCAGUCUGCCGAGCUGCCUGCCCCGCCCCACACGCACCUGCAGCCCUGCGGGGAGCCCGAGGCCCGGGCGACCCCCGCUCCGGCGCCUGCCUCCCCAUUCCGAAUUCAGAGGGUGCGGACCUCGGAGCUGAAGUCCUUCACGCGCAUGCUGGGUGGCGGGGCCGAGGAGGAUCUGCUGGCCGCAGAAGGGGCCAGUGACACAGGGACACAGGUCCUAGGAAAACCGGACGCCUCUGACUCCGAGGACACCAGUGAAGUCCCCGAGUGGCUCAAAGAAGGGGAGUACGUGGUUGUGGGCACCAACAAGAUGGGCACCGUGAGGUACAUUGGGCCCACCGACUUCCAGGAGGGCACGUGGGUCGGCGUGGAGCUGGACCUGCCUUCAGGAAAGAACGACGGCUCCAUCGGCGGCAAGCAGUACUUCCAGUGCAACCCGGGCUACGGGCUGCUGGUGCGGCGCAGGGUGCGCAGGGCUGCAGGUGCGGGGCGUAGGCGCAGCGCGGGGCUCCGGCCGCAGGGCGCCCCCGAGACCCGCCGGAGCGCCACGCUCUCGGGCUCUGCCACCAACCUGGCCUCGCUGACGGCUGCUCUGGCCAAGGUGGACAGAAGCCACAAGAACCCUGAGAACCGGAAGUCUUGGGCCCUGAGCCGCGCUCUGGUGGACACCGCCAGGAAGCCGGGCGCCUCGGGAUGCCCGCGGGACGCCAUGAAUGCCUUUUGCACGACGCCGAACUGGUGACCACCAGUUCCCUAUCCUCCCUGCGACUCUGCAACUAUUUCUUUCUCUACUCAGUGAGGGAGGAGGCCCCCUCAGUUAGGGGUGGAAGGUUCUGGGAGCCCAGAUGGGUCGAAGGACUGUGGGCUGAGGUGCAGGGUGACAUAGCCUGGGCCAGGCCACCUCUCUGCCUGUCUGUGCCAGGGUGUCCUACCUGGAGAUUUUGUUGCACUCCCCUUCUCUCUAUUGUUCCGACCCCAUUAAUGUCUUAAUUUAAACCAUAAGCCUAACUAGUGCCUUUCCUCCCCCAGCAGAGCGACCUCCCUCUGCUGGGCUGCCAGCUUGUCCCCAGCCUCCCACACAAAGUGACAAGUUCCCUUAAGUGCCUAUGGCAGAGCCCCUUGCCGGCCCCACGGCUCAUGGGGUUUCUGGGAGGUGCCUUCUGGGUGUCUCAGCGUCUUUCUGUCGCCAUUACUCCCUCAGGAUGCUUGGGAUAUAUUUAUUGAUAUUUAUUUUUUCAAAAGCUGAACUCAUUUGCGAGCCACAAUCAUCAUCUGUCCGGCGUGCUGCGUGGUGGGGUCUGCCUUGCCCACAGGCCAGCUGUCUGGGAGCUACCAGCCUCCUGCCCAGGGUGGAAGCCCUCCUGUGACAGUAGAUUCAGACACACAGUGGCCCGUCACUAGGAGAAAGGGGCCAUGACAAAGUGAGCUAGACCCAUUUCUCUUACUUGGUGCAAUUGUGGUUUCUGGGGCUGUCCUUAGAUCAUUUUAACUUGGUGGCAGUUCCCAAGUCCUGACUGCCCCUGGGGAUGCCAGCCUGUGGAGAGCUGGUCCCGGUUUUUCUCCUUCGACUCUCGGGGCAGCCAUGUUCAGUGGGCUCUGCCCACCUACUUCUGGAGGCACUUCUGGUCCACAGCCUUUGUGGCGGUCUGGCCUGAGUGGGGUCCGUGAUGGUGGGGAGGGUUGGCCAAGGGCCCUGCACAGCUCACACCCCAAUUUGACUACACGUGCAGCCCCAGGUGGCCCACUGCUCCCCAGCUGAGGAAAAGCCCCAGGUCAGAAUUUGCACCCCGCACUGUUGGUAGCCCAUUUCUAGUUUUGCAUUUAAGCUUUUAACAUCUAGCAAGCUUUCGUUGAGGGCUUGGGGCCCUUAGAAGACGUUGUACUGGGCUGACUCUAGAUGGGGCCACCUGCCUGGCAGCUCUCAGACAUGAAGGCCUCCCUGGUCCCUGCUCUCUCAGCCUCAGCAUGACUGGCACAUAGCACCAGAGACUGGGAUGGCCUGAGGGGUUUGAUUAGCCCUGUGUGCUGUACCAUGCUCUGCUUGUCCGGCCUUGAUCCAGGCGGGGGCACCAUAAAGACGGUGGACCUCUUGGCAAGGGGUUCAGUGUCCGUCCUGCAUCUGCACAGGACGUCAGCCAAGUUGCGGCAGCCAGGUACCAGGGCUGGGCUGGUGGAAUCUGCCAGGGAGAGCCCUGCCUCCUUCCUGUCCUGAGACAGCUUGCUUUGCACCCCGGAAUUAGUGCUUUUGGUUCCUGGCCCUCCCACUUCCCCUCCUGCCCAGCACGUUAGUUCUGUUUGCAUCUGGGUGGGUAUCCACACUGUCCACUGGCACAGGGACCAGCACCAUGGUUUCUCUGCAGGAUGCCAGAGCCUCGGAGGGGCUGGGGGACACUGAGCCAUGUACUCACUGCAGGAUGCCUGCGGUCUUGCUGCUGCCACCCAGAGGCCUUCUUGGGCACUCGCGAGGGACACCAGCUCCUCCUCCCCACUAGAUGACCAGCAGGGUACAUUUGGAGGAAGCAGCUCCGGCCUGACUUCUUUAUUCUUUCUUUAGCACAGACUUAACACUAACUUUGGGCUGGAAAAGUGGCGACACUGCAGUGGAUGUGGUUGCUAACGUGUCAGGUAGUGGAGGGAUAGAUGUAGGUGUGUAGCCAGGGUCCCAGAUGUCCAGAGAGAGUGGGAAGGCCGAGGGAGAGGGGAGGGUUUUCUGGGCCUGUGUUCCGUGAGAGAAUUGAGCAUGACCUCAACCCCUGAAGAGGCAGAAAGGCUUAGAAGGUGUUAGGAGCUGCAGAGUUCCUGUAUGUGAAAUGGGAUUGCACUUCCUGGCUUAGAGUGCCUGCCUGCCUGCCAAGGCUGCCUGUGCUGUGAGCUGUGGGUGGAGGGCGUUUCCAGGCUCCCAGCGCCAUCAGCUCCAGGCUGCUUCAGAUGGAGGCACUGAGGCCACCUGGCCAUCUGUAGUGCCUUCCCUGGGGCCUGGAAGUGGCUUACGCUCCAAGCCCAAGACACUGGACCCAAAGCAUCUUUCUCAGAGUCCAUGCGCUUCACCCAGGGCUGUGGACGGUGCUCACCGUGCUGGGAGAGCCCGGGGACAGCUGCUUCUCUAUGGAUGAGUUGUGUAAAUAUGAUGGAUUUACAGAGAAAAAGUGACUUUGAUUCCAGGGUUAUAGUGACUUGGUACACAUCAAAUGCAAGUUUAAAAAAUCCAAAGGCUCUAUAAUGAAUUGUAAAGACUGAUUAUUUCUAUGUGCGAUGAACUAAACCACUGUAAUUUUGUAUUAUAUCUUUUCCAUCAGUUGACCAACUGCUUAGAAAUAAAACCAGACGAUUUCUUGCCUACACCUGAUUGUUGCUGCACCUUCCCUCACCCAGGCACAGCUUGGGGGCAUUGCAGGCUGUUCCCUGGCUGUGGCUUUGUGCCCAGUGGUGGUGGGGCUUUUCCACAUGGAGACUAUUGGGGGAGGUUUGGAGAAUGGCAGCAGGCCCCAAGGUGUCAUCUCCCCAGCACACAAGUUGCUAUUCAGGGUUUAGACCAAAGAACCCAGGGAAGACCCACUGGCACCUUCGCGCCUCUCCUGCCCCUCACUUGGAUCAGGCCCUUCUAGAAGCCAGGAGCCAACAGGAAUUUUUAAAGGGCCUUACACCAGAAGUAAUGGGACCUUUGGGAUAGGUGGCGGCAUCUCCAGUUCUCUGGUGGUGCUCUAGUGAGCUCGGGGCUGAACUGGAGAGCAGAGGACUUCUUUCUGCUGUUAUAGAGGUAGUGAGAACCUAGAAGGUUUUGGAAUAAGGUAUUUUGGGUUGGCUUAUGGCUGUGGCUAGCUUACAGGGUCAGGUCCAGUCCUGGUGGGCCAUGAGAUUUGACGUUAGUUUUGUCGGGCCUGCUUGCUGGUGAGGCCAACCUCUUCAGACAUCCACCAGCUUUGCACCCAGUGUGGGUCUGGCCUUUGAGCUGGGGGAGGAGAGCAAGCCCCUUUGUGCCUGUGGAGUUCCCUGGUAGCCCAGCACCACUGCCAAGACACAGCCUUGAUCUGACUGUGCAGGUGCAUCAGUCUGCUCGUCUCAUAAAAUGUCCUUGUGAAUGUAGGGCCGUGGCCACCUGGAGGCCAUCAGCUGGUAUGCCUCUGAGCUGGACUUGUUUAUAGUCACAAGUGCGCAAGAGUUGUUCUUAAGAGAUGAGCACUGCCAAGUCAGCCGGGAGUGGCUGUGCUGAAUGAGGUAGGAACCAGGAUGGAAUCGGUGUAGCUCUGAGGAUAAAUUUUAUUUUUUCAGGCUGCUGCUUUCUAGCAACUCAAUGAGAUGCCUUUUCCAAACCAGACUCUCGGGUUUUUUCACAGUUGCUCAGACCCCGGAGUGGGCUCUUGUGGAUGUUGCAUUGAGUUCAUUCGGUCACUUGGGCAUUUGUACCUAUCCUGGGCCUGGCUGUGUGAACCUGUUAGUCCAAUGGAAAUAAGCCAUCCUGCCGGGGACCACAGCAGCCAGGCAUUGGAGCUGAGGGGGCCAGGAAGGCUCUGGGACCUGCACCGAGGGGAAGGGUGGCCGGUGGAGAUGCCAGGCCUGCAGCACGUGGGUACAUGCAGGCGGCUGUGGGACUGAAGGACUCGAGUUGCUGCUUAAGAGCAGUUUGGGGCCAAAUCAUGCGGGAACACCAGGUGGGGCCGUCCUGUUUUGGCCGCUGCCCCACCUCCUGUUCGUCUUUACCAACUUAGCAGGGUUUGCGCAACUUUAAAUGUUGCAAUCUUUUAAAUUAUGUAUUCUGAGAAGCCCCGUCUCGGGAUUUCUCUGCAGAGGGAAGUCAGUGGAUUCCAUUGUAUGGAGGGAAGCUGGCAUGUGGACCUCCAGUCUGCUCAGUUCACUUGGUGCUGACCACUGGAAGCCUUUAAAGAAAGCCAAAUAGCAAAGCUUCAGCUUUUUUAUUUUUGCUGCUCAAGGUCAAGUCCCAGGGGAGAAAGCUCCUUUAAGAAAGAGAGGCUUGUGGUGUAGCUUGGAGUGGGAAAUGGAGAAUGAAGUCGGAAACGAAGGGGCAAUUAUGCUGCGCCAGCACAGGAAGGAAGGCUGUGACCCUGGGAGUGUGCAGGGUGAAGACAGCAAGCUGGGCCAGCUCCUGCCGCAUUGGGGGACAGCUCAGGAACCCUUGAAAGAGCACUAGGGUGACCAUGUGCAGCACGGUCGGAGUGUCUGUCAGGAAGUGCCCAGCUGGGACUUUCCGGCCUCACAGCCCCUCAGCCAGGCAGUGUUGGGUGCUGUGACCCUUUUCAAGCAUCUCCUGGCUCCCCAACCCUCCUGAAGAGCACAAAGCAGGGCUGCGUGUGUAGCUCAGUGGCAAAGUGACACAAGGCCCUGGGUUCUGUUCCCAGCACUGUUUAAGAGAGAGAGAAAAGGAAAAGCACAGAGACCAGUGCUCAGAACAGAAUCUUGUACCCCUCAGCACUGCCAGACUCUUCCCAAAUGAUCAUUCUACCCAAAGAAACCCCGCCAGCCUUUGUUCAGUUAUACAUUUUAUUCUCUAAUAGGUACAAUACUAAAAUAAACACAAAUUAAAAAAAAGUUUUAUUAAAACAAAACUGUACAAAAAAGCAGUAUACUACAUUUUAAUUACAGAACAGUCUACUGUCCAAAAGGCACUAAUCCAGAAUAGGAGAUACAAUGAUACAGGACUCAUUGGAACUAUUUUAAUCAAUACAAUACAGCACUUGUUUCUUUGGCCAUUUACAUCCAGAAACAAGGGCUUCUUGCUACAGUCAUUACACAUUGUUAUAAUCCGAGUCCUACAGCGAAGGUGCAGUAUCGCUCUCCCUAGAGCAGGUUCCGAGGGCCAGGAUGAAGCUGGGGUGGCGGCACCGGCGGGCACCUGGGGCUUGUCUUGGCCUGGCCUCUAGUGGGUUGCUGCUAGCCAUUACUAGAGCCACUGUAACCCCUCUGUGUUUAGCACCGGCAAAAUGGGUUCUGAGAUGCUCCAGAUAACAGGUGGAGGUCUGGUGAAGCAUCAGCAGCUCUGAGAGGGGGGGGCAUUUGGGAACCCGGUUUGAAAAGGCAGCAACUACUUGGAAAGGGGGAGCCAGCCUAAUGAUGGCCAGUGGGCUGUGGCGCUGUGCCAGGCAGAGCUGCCUGGACAAACUGAUGGCCCUCAAGUUAGAGGCCCUGUUUCUAGCUUCGGUGAUCUCCUGUGUCACUCCCUGGUGGACCCAGUGGAGGUUUUAUAUGAGAGGGAUAUGAUAAUCUUGUGUUAAGGAAUUGCUAGAAGGGGUUUUGCUCUCCAGAGGCAAGCCAGAGAGUGCCACUUGGGCCUGAAGUGCAGGAGGCCUCCCUCCCUUGGCGCUGUCUCAGGAGCAGGGGUGGCCCUGGGUCCCACCACAGGGUGCCUCGGGACGCAAGCUGUGUUCACCUCACUCUGCUGGGCGGCCAAAACACCUCUCUGAGCCCCAGUCUUACUUUCUCCUGGAUUUGGCUGUAAGGAAGAGGGAUACUGCAGCUUUCCAAACAGUGUCGUACACAGAGAAGACAAAGACAGGCAUCUGAUGUUAACAAAAAUAAGUAACAAAGAAAUAGGAUUAAAUCAAAUCUCUUCUCACAGCAUCCUAUACUACAUCCUCCUUCUGCUUAGCAGAAAAUUGUACGUACACAAAAAUACAAAUACACAAUUUUGUAGAACAGUCUGAUUUAAUAUAUUUAUAUAUAUUUAUAUUUAUACGAGUGGCAGGUUAGUUCAUUAUAUAGAGCUUUUUGCACUUUUGGCUCAUAUGCAACAAGGCUUAUAAAUUCAGCUUUAGCUUUCAUUCAGGUUUUAUAGCUUUUGAACAAUUGUUUUCACAUUUAAAGCAGCAUCCAAUUUGCACUAGGAGUCUGUGGUGAUUACAGGAAGGAUGGGGUCAGGAGGUUGUGGGGGUGCAAUAUACAUUCCAGUGUGUGGCAUUGUGAGGAGGAUUCCGCGUGGACAGAGCUUACCAUGAUGACCCCUUGAGGUAGACUGAACACCGUACAGCAGACUCAGACACAGGUGACUCACCCUCAGGGACACAUGGUGCACAAGAUGGGGACAGAGACCAGAGGAGACGCCAAAGGGAAACACAAAGACUAAGACACAACAGCCAAGGCAGGGAGCGCACGCUGCUCCCACGCAUCUGGCAGGGCCCCACAACAGCCCAUCCUAGACACUCAACUAUUUGGUGGAUGCUAAGCACUUACAGGCAAUCCCAAGGCAUCUGGUCCACGGUACUUGCUCAGAUCAAGACCAUUUACUUGCUUUUUGCUUGUAACUUGCUGUGCCAGCUUGUUCCUAUCCCACAACCAACAGUGAAACAAGAUGCAGGUUGUCCAGAAAUGGGCGUCUUUCUCAGCACUCCACUCCUGCUGGAGUGCUCCAGUCCAGUAAAGGAAAGAGAAGCCAGGCCCUUCCUGCUGCCUCUCCUCACACUCACAGCCAUCCCCUCUAGCUCCUGUGCUUGGUUCACGUUCUCUGCCCAGUUACACCGGGGACUGGCCAGCGCUUGGCAGCCCUGUGAACACAGACAGCAUCUAGAGGACUGGGUGAUGGUGCUGCCCAAGCCCUGGUGUGGUUUACACACUCCAGACAGCCUCAUUUUCAUCACCACCAUCUGAUCACCCUUACCUACCACCUUUGCCUUUGCUAUCUGAGGCAGAAUUCCACCAGUAAACUCGCCCACACGUGUCACAUGUGAGUGCCCAGUGUGUGGAUUACUACAUUGUCUGAACAAAAAUGCUAGACUACUAAUGGAGAUAAAGUGCCUGGGUGUGGAUUGUUCCAUUUGCAAAACCUUUACUGCACCCACAAAUCAUCUAUGUGCUAUUUAGUGAUGUGAUCUGAACACAGCACAGUCACAAAAUAAUCUGUCCUACACCCACCAUGUAAGAAAGGCCCCGAAUCUAGAUCAGACUUACUUUUAAAAAGCAAACAAACAAUCUCACACUCGCUUUCAAAGACGCACGUUGGAUCUUGCUUAACACCUUACUGAUGAUGGCCUUGUGAGCAGGCACCCUGCUCCCUGCAAUCUAGGACAAGAGGACAAGGAGGCCAAGGCUUCGGUACUCACGAUGGUAAAUGAGCCUGCAGGUUUAUCAAUUGCAAUUACGUCACGCUUUGCCCUCUGGUCUGGAUGCACGGUCCAAGUGCUAACAGACAGAGGUGGAAUUCCACUCUGAGGCUGUCUUGCUCUCCUGCCGUCUUCACUCAGUAAGCCACUGCAAUCUAGCUAAGCAGACUCCUUAAAAUUCCCUAUGAACUAAGACCGUAAGCACAUCAACAAAAGAAACACAGGAAACAGGGAUAAAGUCAGCCUGACAUGGCCAAAGAGAGCUCUCUCCCCCUCGUUUGCCUUGCGGCCAUUCUGCCUGCAGAACGGCAAGGAUGCUGGGGAGGGGUGGCCACACGAUGCCCACCCGAAGGGCAGGUGCAGAGUGGGAAGGACAGGGCACAGGCCGACCCUCUGGUAAGUUCCAGAGAUCUGUAACUUGCGUAGGCACUUAAAACAUAAAUAAAAGUUUGUCCUGGAAAGGUACUGCAUACCCAACAUGACCACGGCUGUGGAAGGGAAGGCGAGCCCAUGGGGAAGUCGGAGAAGGCUGUGGGCUCUUCCAGAGGAGGCAACUGCCAUGUUCUUGGCAUCUUCUGGCAGGGAGAAUGUCCUACCUUGUAGCCCGUGAAGUCCAUGAUGGCACAGGGGCCACUGCAGUGGCUACUCUGCGGCCACUGAAGUGGCCAACUGGACCAGCACAGGCAUGGAAGGCUGCAGCAGGGCCACGGGAGGUACAAGCUGUACAGCAGCCUGUCCAAGGUCAAUGUAAGGAAACUACUAGAAAAGAAGAGGCCCUUCAUCGUGGUGUCCUGGUAAAACCAAAGAGCAGUAAGGAGACACUUGCACUUGGCCAGAAUGGCCACUGCUUGAAAAGAUAAUGCUCCACCCAUGCCCUCAAGAGCUUUGGUUUUGUUUCCUUGAUGCUCAUUUGCAGAGAUGCGCGAGGAUCAGGUUCACUGACUGCAGUACAGUGAAUGUGGCUCCAAGAAAAAGGACAGUAAUGCUUCUUAAAAGCCACACUGAGCUUCCUCACCUGCACUCAACCCAUUGUACUCAUGCGUGCACCGACCCAGCCCACAGAGCUCAGCGUCACCAUCACCAGAUUGGCUGCUGUCUACAUUAAUACAGCACUAAUGUCCUUUUGCUUUCCAGUUUAAUAGCUUCAGUGAGUGAUGCAGCGGAAGUAUGUACUGCUCAAGUUUAUAGUGACUGGGCCCUUGUCCCAAUAAAGCAAUACGGGAGAGGUUUCUGUGCUCAAAGGAAAUGAUAAAACAAGGCUGAAUUUCAGAGUCGACCUGGAAGUGCUGGGAACUUUAAGUCCUAAAGGGAGGCGUAAACCUUGCAACACAAGUCCUGAGACUCACCUCUGCCUCGAGCCCUAAGUGUGAGCGACCCUGUUCCUUCCUAGGAAGGUACAAGCACACGGCACUGCCCAACGUCAGACAUGCACAAACUCCAUCAGUACCAAAAUGAAAGGCACACAUAUCCUUUUCCCUCCAAAUUAAGGUGUUCUUUUUUUGGCGGGUGUGUGUGUGUGUGUGUGUGAGGGCUAUGGCAUUAAAAACCCCAUAGGCAGUUAAUACAACAAUGUACUGCCAACCCUAACUAAGUUCUCUUACAGGGAACAGUCCACAGUUGUGGCCUUAUUCCUUAGGUGGUUUUCCUCUCUUAGGCCUCAAGGAUGAUGUGACAGAGAUCUGAAAAGACAGUCACAGGGACCUCUUUUUUUCUAAAAAGAUCAAAAGAGCUAGGAAAGGGGUGGGUAGGGAUGGUAUUUAGUCAGCCAAAUCUUCACAUCAACUUGAAACCCAUUCCCUUGUUAACCACUCCUGCCACACGAGUCAUGUCAGGACAGGGACCAGCCAGACCCUGAGGAAGCUCACCCCUUCUCUGAAUUCUGGAUACAAGAAUAUGCUGGGCCUAAAUCUGAAUUUGUCUACAUGCAGCUGCUACCAGUGGGCCAGUGAAGGUGCACAGGGAGCCAGGGAGGGCCCAGGGCAGAGCCGACACUAAUACCAUACCUGAGCACCACAGCCCGAUUUUCACAACACUCCACUUGCUAUCACAACUGUGGUGGAGGGGACAGCAGGAUAAGCAGGAGGGCUUACCGGAAACACUGCUGAACACAGCAGGAUGUCUCAAAGGAUGAGGAACUACGGAAGCACUGUGAGAACUGAAUAGAGAGCACAGAGCAUGAGGUGUCUCUAUGUCCCUCUUCUUCCCUUAGCACUGGACACAGUCUUCCCACUUCCCCCGCACAGCUGGGAGCUUCCCUGCAUUCCUGUCACCAUUACUGUCCAGGAAGGAAGAUGAGGGGAGCUGUAGAGGGCCAGACUGUGGGGUCUAGAGCCUCCCUACACCUGGCACAGUGCUGAAAGGAAUUCAGCUCAAAAUGGCAAUGAGACAGUGUGUCUGUCACACUGGGAUGAUCUGGUACUGUCCCAUGAGAACAAAAAACAGAUCAGUGUCCCAUGACUUCAGCAGAGCAGGGCUGGGGCAGGUCCCUGCUCUGCUUAGCAUCCCACUGAGAUGAAAGAGAUGUUAGAGACCUGCCAGGCUUGCGGUGGCUAACAUGGUACUACCAGGGGAGGACUGAGGGAGGCAGCAGUGACACUCAUCACAGAACCACACAUUCAACAUUACGUCAGUUGCUAUCAUUUUAAGCUAUGAAUGCAUGGGAGGGCUGUGUUUGUCAUGUGUGAUAUGAUUUAGAAUAGCAGCAUCUUUAGAUUUUUAUAAGAAUAAUUUACUUCUCAUGUUUUCUUUCAAAAAAUACAUAUUUCAUGGAAAGCAUUACUGUAUUUUCAUGAGUUUUGAGUUUUCUUUGAGGGGGAGGCUGCUGGUGGUAAAGGACACCUGGGAAGGGCAGUGUCUCUCCAGCUGUCUGUCAGCGGCACCAUCUCUAGAGCAGGCAGCACAGCUGGUACUUGGUUCCUAUGACAGCAGCAGAUUACAGUGGGAGGCUCUCACUGCAGCACUGCUUCUGUUUUCUUUGAAUACAAGCAGAUAACUGGACUGUCUUGCUGGUCAUUUAGUGUAUGUCUCAGAAGUCACAAAAUUAGCUGUCAGUCCUCUGAAUCUCAAAUCUUAAGGCAGAUUCUACAUUCAAGGCAAGUGCUCUACCACUGGGCUACAUCCCUGGUCCAGACUGUACAUUCUAAUAGAGAUAGUUACUUUUCAGCAGCUGGGGAAAUAAGACAAGGGAUGCCCUACUCUUUGGGGUUAUAAUUCUAUAAUCAAUUGUCAUAAAGACUGACACGGUAAACAAUCUCUGCAAGGGGACUGCACAUAUGCAUUGUGUGCAGGUAGGGUCGGGGAAGGAGAGGACCAAUGUGGCUUUUACAGGAGGAGAAGCACUGAAUAAAAACCCUUCACAGGACCUUCUUCCUCAACAGCAUAAUGGCUGUACAUUUUAUCGUAGGCAUUUUGAGCGGAACAAAAAUAAAAGAAUCCCAAAGAAUGGAGUAACUGGACUCCAGCUAGGUUAGAAUUCCUUCUAGUGAGGAGGGGAAAGAUCUACAUAAGAGCAAACAGCAACACAUGGAUGUAUAAAAGCCAUAGGUAGUACUUUCUUAGUGGCUAUUAACCAAUCUGGGAGUGUCCAGCCUAAAGGAUGGGACUUGUGGGAACAUGACUCUUGGGCAAGGAGCGGUCUGUGAAAGGCCACUUGGCGUUGUCAGCUACUGUCAUUCCUGUAGACUUGCUCUUGAUUGUGUAAUUGAAUAAUGGUUCCUGCAAGCCAGGGGUUGGGGGUAGGGAGAAACCAGUCAAAACCAAACCAAACCAAACCCAACCCAACUAUAUUCUAGAGAAGGACUAGUGAGUGACUCAGCAACUCCUGUCCAAUGUGAAAUAUCAGAAUGAGAGUAGGGGACAUGGUUAGGGAUCCAGGGAGGGUGUCAAGACCACAUGAUGUCCAAUGGGCCAGGUACAGGAAGAGAAGGGAGGAAAGUGGGAGGCAGAGAACAUAGCCUCAGAAGGGCCAGGAAACAGUGCUGAGCCAGUGGGACAGUAGGAGAAGGUGCCUGAAAGGAGGUGGCUGGCAGUGGCUACGUAAGAGUGACUUGAGAAAAAGCUGGGUCACACUGCACAUGUCCUUUUGCUCCAGUGACUUGUGCCACCUUCCACUUAAUCCUGUGUGACAUUCACUUACGCAUGUUUUCUGUCAAGUUGUCUGCUCUGGGCCAUGUGAUCCAAUGAGGAAAGUGGUAUUCAACUCUCCUUAAACCUGAAUUUGGUGAACACUUUCUGAUGGUGAUGGCAACAGGAAUAUCAAGUAAACAAAGAAAGACUGAAAAUCCUAGGAGCUCGUGAGCAGCAGAUGUUGCCAAGCCAGGCCAGCGAGGCAUGGAAGUUGCUAGUUCAGAGCGAUGGGUUAGGGAGGCCUCAUCAGUGCCUGCCUCUGUUUGGACUUGGACUUUGUUUUUUGCCCAAGGUGGAGCACGUUGAAACUGGAUGUGAAAGAGGUUUCAAAGAAUUUCUAAGUCAGAUGGCGAGCAAUAAUCAAAGCCUUUCAUUUUGGAGAUGGAAUAACUCCAAAUCCUUUCCUCUCACUUAGGGAGAGCAUGAAUACCAUGUCACAAUUUUAGUUUACUGAGUUGCUGUUCCAAAUGUUCUUGGGAGCAUUAGUGCUAAAAGGGAACAAGGGAUGGGAGCUCUGCUAUUUUCAAUCACAUAAAGGACAGAAAUCCUCUUAAUUAUGACCAUGCCAAUCUACAUCCUGCUAAAACAGCUAAUUACAUGUCAGAGGACACUCAGUCACUCAGAACAAUUGCCAUUAUAUUUUUAUAUAUUCAUCCUAUGCCACCCCCCUCAAUUACCAUGGUUACAAUUUGAAAAGAUUCAGCCAAACCUUCAUUUGAUCACAGCAUACCAACAUGAAUUUGUGAGUUAAUUAUGGCUGUUCAGAGCCAGUCUUAUUUAAAAGAGAAAGAAAAGGAACACGGAGCUAGGGGAACUGGCCUCCCAGGAUUUCUCAAGUGCGCUGAGCUGCCCAACGCAAGCUACACUGAGUGCUCCACCACAGAGCACGCGGGACUGCUGCCCAGGUGGGGGCAAACCAACCUGAAAACCUGCUAUGGAGCAGCGAUGUCAGCAGAGGAUAACGGGAGAGCCCUUCCUGCUUCUGUGUUCUUCUGUGUGUUGUCAGGGAGGGGUUUAAGGAGAUAAUGGGAGGGAAUGCACAUGGUAAAUUCUCAAGUGAUUUGAAAAUGCUAGUCAGAUUUCACUUGAAUGACAUCAACUAGACUUAGUUCUACUCAGAUGUCAACAGUGAUUUAAAUAAAUUAAAAAAAAGAAGCAGCAGCAGCUUGGGGACAUGUACAGGAUAUACACAUUUCUAAUUCUAAAGCAACCACUAUGUCAGUGAGAUGAGAAGGGGUGCAGCAAAUGUUCCCUCACUCUCUCCUUUCCUCUUUUAUCUCUCCCCCUCUUGAUUACAAAAGAAAACCAGCAUUACAGGAAGCUGGAUUUCUCAUCUCCACCAAGAAAGAAUAAUGAAACAGAUAUGGAAAGAUCUCAAUUUACAAAGUUCCAGCUUUUGAAGGUGCACAGAUAUGAACAAAGCUGCAUUUCUGAGAGGUGAGUCAGCCAUCAGUCCUGUAGCUUCUCACUUUCAGUACAAAGGAAGGGCAUUAAGAACAGUCUUUCUAAACAUAACUCAUUUGUGAGAGAGGUUUCUGACCUGUUGGUGUGAUGUAUCUCAAAAGCCUUUUCUACCGCCUUCAUGUUAGUCCUCUUGAGUGGUAAGGAAACCUCUCUCCUUAAGUGAUAGGCAUCUUUGAAACAAGAGUUUAUAAUGAAGGAGACCACAUACGAAAAAAAACACAAAGAACCUCUGCUCUGACAGCCUGUUACCAUGAAAUCUUUAGAAAUAAGCUAGCCGUUCAUAGUUGCCUCCCCUGGAAAGCUGCCUACUAUCGUUAUGGUGCCCCAUCUUUACACAGGAUAACUCAGGUUUUCCUAGGCAAGGUAAGUCAGAUACUGUGGACAUAAAGAAAGAGUAAGAGGGUUUUCAGGGCAUACAGCUCAAUUUGCCAAAUUUAAUAUGGCUAGUCACCAAAUCCUGAGUAAACAUUCUUGCAAUUUCAAGAACACACACAAAAAAGGAAUGUUGCUUAUGUGUAAUACUCACCUCUGCCCAAGUGCAUCCCUUUCACCCAAAUCCCACCCUGCCCCCCAAAGAUGCCACUAGUAGAGCUGGUCAAUGUGCCCAACUUUCACUUGGGAAAUCUUUACAAAUAAAUCCGGCUCAGUAAAGCUAUAAAUGGAUUUGGCUGGUCUCAAUGCAGCCCCAAUAAAUACAGUAGUAAAACAUUACUAAUAACCACAACAACAAAAUGACAAAAUCUAUCACCACUCUGGUAUAAGGUUUAAAUCACAGAGAUUAACACAGAAACCCAUGCACAGCGUAGGAGGUCAGGGCUAUUCAAUGUAGCUAAGAGUGCUACUGAGGACACCAUCACCAACUAUAAGAAAAAUUAUUGCCUAAGAAUUUGUUGAGACUCAUGGGGAGACAAAUAAUACAGUUGCUCUCUGAACAAAAUAUGAAAAGCAAUUUUAAAAGACAAGAGGCAUGUGUUAAAUGGGAGCAAUGCUUCUAACCAAAUCCUUCUUAAGAUCAAAGACAAAGUAAAGACUUAAAGUUCACAUUUUUAGGACAGGUGUGGAUGAUCAUUUGUGCAAGGGGAUUAUUCUCAUUGUUGUGGGACAGAGAUGACGGGGCUGCUCAGUAGAGUGUGUAGGUGGUCAUCACAGGAAGGAGUGUUUGUAUUCAGAGAUGGAUCAAACCCAACUAUUUUGCCUGCUGCCAAAAGUGAAAGAAUUCCAGAAAAGUAAACUCAAGUUGAGGAUGUAGUGGUGCAGCAUAGAGAAAAAUGGAAGAGGAGCUAUUCAGAGAUGGAAAAGUGGUGACAGGAGAUUCCUGACUGAGUGAGAGUCUAUUACACUUAGUUCCUGAUGAUUGGUAUCCAAGGAGAGUUUCUAAAACCAAGAUUUCCUAAAGACGGAGGACAAACACAGAUAACUGAAAUGAUUUUAUCAGUGAAUUCUUCAUGAGCUAUCCCUUCGAGGUAAAAAUAUAUUUAGACUUCUGGAUCUAAAAUGGGUGUGGCUGAAUCACAAAUCUUUUGGGAACUAGAGCAUUGGAUUUGCAUACCUUAGCAUAAGUGAGCUUCUUCCUCACUUGCCUUCUCAGGGGUCACCUCUAUUGAGCUGGGGUGAAAGGCACCUUAAAGGGGGCUCUCUGCCUCCCUGUGCCAGGUUCCCUCUUCCUGUGAAAAAACCUGUCUUAACGAGUAUUCAAUAUGAUGAGCUCUGCUGAAAUGAACCAAAAUGUCUACUUAGUAUUGAAUGGUAUAGAAGGCUUCUGAGAAGAGUACACUGUAUUGCUCUCUCCUGGCUUUCCUUUACUGGUAGGGGUAUCUAAGACAGGCAGAAAUCUCUUAGGAUGGCCCAUUUUUUAAACAGUCCUCAUGUAAAGUAUUUGAAGAAGAGUAGGAAACUUAUCAUCUGGCCACAGUAAUUCAAUUAAAGUAUCUUUACAAAAUAACAACAAACUAUAUGAGUACUCCCACACUUAAAAAGGUCUUCCUUGACCAGAGAGGAACCACCUCUGAAAGAGAUCUCUGGGGCUUGAAGAAGUUUAGGAAGAGAUGAGAGCAAGGACAGAGCAAGCAACAAGCACAGAAAGUGAGCUUUUAAGAGCCUGGCUCUUUUCCUUUUGGUAACAGGGCAUUUUAGAGUUUCCAUUUUAAUACCACAUCUAAAACCCGAAAAGGCUUAAGGAAUAGAUUUACCAUCAAAGAGAUGAGAAGCAAAUAUGGCAGCACCAUGCACCAUUACAAGAAUUAAAGUGGUCUACUAUGGACAACAUAGUAGAAUUGAACCUGUUAACAGCAGAAAGCCAAUGAGAGAUUUAAAUCUUCACCCCAAAGAGAAAAUUCUUACUGUUGGUGAAAAAGCACAAGUUCUAUGGAAGGUUGUGGACCUGAAGGGAGGGUAGCAGCCUUCUCCAGCUAAAGGACUGGGGAUGAGAGUCCACCACUUUCUGCCCAGCUCAGCACAGCGCAGCUCCACCACAACACUGCGCGUCCAGCACCAGCAUGAGGCCUGCACCGAUGCUGUCGCCCAUAUUCUCCAAGGCCUUUUCCAUCCUUAAAGCUCUUAAAAUGAUCAAACAUUUUAGCUUUUCUGUGGCAAUUACAGAAUAUCUUUAGAGACUUCAGCUGUCUUAACAGUUUGAGUCUAUUCCUUUAAAACAUCUAGCAAGAACAAAUGACACUAAGAAUCCAAUCAUAAAGAAGCUAUCAGUUAUAAUAAUCUCCUUACAAUAAAUCAUGGAUGUGGCUUCUCAGAGAAUGUUUUUUCUUUCUCUCCUUGUUCUUUCUGAUUCAACUGAGCACAUAAGCAGACAAAAUUCCACCAAAACGGAAAGACAGUAUUUCUUCUAAGUAAAAUAACAUGAAAGAAAUAUA